AAAUAAAGGUUGUUCUGACGAGUAGGCGAGAGGCGAGUCAGGGAGAAACUAAAUGUUAAACUUUUUGUUGUAUUGACUAAUGCAAGCAUUUCUUUUGGGUACAUUAUGGAAACUGAAAAGAGUUCAGGAGGAGAGGCGACCCACUUUGAGACUGUGGAGAUUGUGGACAUCAACCGAAAGAAGGUGAAGAUCCCCCGCAGGACCAUCCAUUUUGCCAACGGAGACACCAUGGAAGAAUACAGCACUGAUGAAGAGGAGGAAGAGGAGGAAGAACACCUGAAAAAACGUGUCGUCACAGUUGAUCCGUCCAAACUGACCUGGGGUCCUUACUUCUGGUUCCAAAUGUGGAGAAUGACCACCUCCACUAUUUCAGUGUGCGACUACAUGGGAGAGAAGCUGGCCUCUCUGUUUGGCAUCACCAGUCCCAAGUACCAAUAUGCUAUUGACGAGUACUACCGCAUAAAGAAAGAGGAGGAGGAGGAAGACCGUCUUGCAAAGGAUGCGGAGCGUAAGUUUGCAGCGCAGCAGAGAGGAGAGCAGGAAGAUUCUGCAGCUACAGUGAAGGAGCAACCCGAGGUGUCAGGAGCCUCCUUCGUUAACUUUAGCUUUGAGGUCGAGAGCGAACCUUCUCUCUGUGACCUGGACCCAAACAGAGUCCCCUCUCCUCUCCCGUCCUGAGAACUGACACAGUCCUCAAACCUUAGCUAACUCAGCUACACUAAUAUUUUUCCACAGUUAUGAUUGUAAAAUUUAUUUAAGACAUUAAGGAGUAAAAUAAC